GUCUACUCUCAGCUUUUGCUCAGCCCAUUUUUAUUCAUUCCUCAAAAGCAACUUACUAUAUUUGAAGAUACAUAUAUUUAAUCUUUUCUUUCUCUCAUCAUACAUUCAGACCACAUAGAUUUUAUUGUUUCCAAAGAGACGCGAACGUUCUUCUAAAUUAUUCACAAAUACAAGAUCGUUUUCUUGAUCUAUAAAAGGGGAAAAGUUUUUAUUAUCUUCCUCUUAAUCAGUUUCUUUGACCAGCAAUUGAUGGGAUCUCUACCUGAGCCAAUAAUGGAUGAAAAUUAUAGCAAGCCCCCUGGAAUUAGGGUCAUGGAGAGGGCAAAGAAGUCGAGCCUUUCGUUCAAGACAUAUCAAGCCAUUGUCCUAAUUGUAACAUUUUUCGCAUAUACAAGUUACCAUGCUACUAGAAAAACUACGAGCAUUGUUAAAAGUGCUUUGGAUCCCCAGGCCCCUGAUGGUUUAAAGUUUCCGUGGCAAAGGCAUACCAAUCCGGUGUGGAAUCAAAGUUCAAAACUUUCUUGGAUGCUUAAAGAUGGCUGGGUACCAUUUAACGGCCCUGAUGGUACAGCGUUGCUUGGUGAACUUGAUGUGUCUUUCCUUUUUGUAUAUGCCAUGGGAAUGUAUUUCUCCGGGCACGUUGGCGAUAGGAUGGAUCUAAGAAUAUUUUUGACAAUUGGAAUGGUGGGAACUGGUUUAUUCACUGCCCUUUUUGGAGUUGGAUAUUGGGCAAAUCUACACUUCUUUUAUUACUAUCUAAUAGUCCAAAUGAUGGCUGGAUUGUUCCAAUCCACAGGAUGGCCCUCGGUGGUUGCCGUAGUUGGGAAUUGGUUUGGAAAAAAGAAGAGAGGACUUAUAAUGGGUAUUUGGAAUGCUCACACCUCUGUCGGUAACAUUACUGGUUCUUUGGUUGCUUCAAUCUUGUUAAAGUAUGGAUGGGGUUGGUCUAUGGUUGUUCCUGGUAGCCUUAUUGCUGCCGUUGGCAUGGUGGUAUUCCUUUUUUUGCCGGUUCAUCCUGAAUCUGUGGGAGCUAAUAAAGAUGAAGAUGAAGUGUUCUCUCCUAGAAAAGAAGGCGAGGAAGUAACAGAGCCUUUGUUAAGAUCAGAUAGAGAAGAGGAAUCAGCCGUGGGUUUUAUUGAAGCAUGGAAGAUUCCCGGUGUAGCACCUUUUGCUCUUUGCCUUUUCUUUGCAAAGUUGGUAGCGUACACAUUUUUGUAUUGGCUGCCUUUCUACAUUAGUCACACAGCUAUAGAAGGAAAGUAUUUAUCCAAUGAGGAGGCUGGAAACUUGUCGACAUUGUUUGAUGUUGGAGGGGUAGUAGGUGGAAUCCUAGCAGGUUACAUAUCUGACCGCUUAGAUGCCAGGGCUAUAACUGCUGCUAGCUUCAUGUACUGUGCUAUCCCGGUUCUCUACUUCUAUCGCAGCUAUGGGCAUGUCUCCAUGACUGUAAACAUCAUCCUCAUGUUGAUCACUGGAGUAUUUGUCAAUGGGCCUUAUGCAUUGAUAACAACUGCUGUUUCGGCUGACCUGGGAACACACUGCUCUCUGAAAGGCAAUUCACGAGCGCUUGCAACUGUCACCGCCAUUAUUGAUGGCACUGGCUCAAUUGGAGCUGCCAUUGGGCCACUUCUAACCGGUUACAUUUCAGCUAAUAGCUGGAGUGCUGUAUUUACAAUGCUCAUGGGAUCAGCUUUCGUAGCUGGUUUAUUUCUGACCAGGCUUGUUGUAGCUGAAGUUGGUGCGAAGAUUCAACAAUUAGGGUCCCAAGGAUCAUCACCUAGAUCAAGGUCCCCUGACCUUCUAGUGUGAAAAUAAUAAUUGUGGUAUUCUUUUAUUGCUUUUUGUGAAUGCAUUUGAAGCCUUGAUUCAAAUGUUAGCCUAGGAUCGCAGAGAUAUAGAGUUGGACUUGCUGAUCACUCCCAAUAUCAUGAAAUGCCAUUUCCACAUGUACAUUCUUGUGUGCCAGAAAAGGAUCUAAUACAUCACUUAGUGUAGUGGGAACCUGGGUUGUUGGGCGUUUUGUACAUAAUCUAUUUUUUUGAUUGAAUAAAACCAGUUCAUCCUCCCAAAAGCUUCAGAUGGUGAAUUUACUUGUAAUUGAAAAAUUGAAGAACAAUUAUUGAUAGUUGUAUCCAUCUAAAGUCAUGGCUAUGGAGGGACAGCAACUCAUUGAAUUUCUUACAUCUUUCGCAUCUGUUCCUGAUUCAACAGCUGACAAAGUAUAGCACUGUAAUUCUCUUAUUGAGUGAGAAAGUGACAUCGAGCAAUUGGAAUUAUUGAAGCUUCUGUUCUCUUAACACGCAACUCUCGUCCGGUUCCAAAUGAAUCUCUUAAAAGUCUUAUAUUCUUAUAUUAUAUUCCUCGGCAUAAUAGAGGACUACUCACCUGUGUAAUGACAUUUGAAUUAGUCCUUGGUGAAAGAGGUCUCGAGUCAAGAAAGAUGGACCGAACUGUGCCAGUCUAAUGUAGGGUGAACUUGGACCAUUCAUUCUCUACUGGUGUUGAUGAAACGAGAAGAAGAGGUGUAGCACGAUCUGGUCAGCAUAUCUGUUUUGUAUGCCGAGGGCUAUAUGUUUGGACACCAGUCACCUUGAUAUAGUUAGUAGCCUUCUAAGCAAGACAAAGCAUAAAGUAGGCAUGAUGCGUCGACUAAGUAUAGUGUUUCUGCACUAAUUUUUAUUGUUUGUAAAUUUUAGCAACAAUAUACAGUAUUUAAUUUUCUGUUUUA